UUUCUGUUCCUCAAAACGGCAAAAAAUCCUCUUCCCUCCAAUACCUCGCGCCACAUCGCGUGAGAGAGAGAGAGAGAAGAUAAGAAGCAGAAAAAAAGGCCUUCCUUGCCGUUCCCAAAUCCCAAAUUCCAUCCAUUCUUCCGCACACACAAACUGCUCCGACUUCUUAUAAAUCUCUCAAUCUUUUCCUCUUCAAUCCUUCUCGACGAACCAAAAGAAAGAGAAAAAACCCUAACCAGAACCCUUCUCCUCUCUCCCUCUCUCCCUCUCUCUCUAAACGUACUAACCUCUGAAUUUCCGUCGCUGCAAGCCAUGCGGAUGAAUUUGAUUUCGACCCUCGGAUGGUAACUCGCAAGCAUGGCUCUGCUUUUUAGUGCCGUUACGGUGAAGAGGGAAGUUGAUGAUGGAAUUUUACCAGACGGGCCUUGGUUUUCGGCUGCCAAUUCGAUGCCGAUUACAGUCAAGUGCGAAGUUGAUGGUGAUGGUGGGUCUGCAGUGGAUGAUGUUGAUCAUCUUCCGUUGAAGGAACGGAUGGAAAUGCUGCUUGUUGGUGGGCUGUCCGGUUCAUCAUUGGGCAUUGAGUCGAGCGGAAGAGUUCCAAUGUGCUGUGUUAAUGCGGCUGUUAAAGAAAAAGCUUGCUUUUUAGAGCAGGAUAUCUCAACACGCGAUUCCGCUCGUGUCAAGAGAAGCACAAGUGUCUGCUGCGCUGGAGAAAGCAAGGAGGGAGGUCAUUCUAAGGAUGCAGGACAAGAACAAAGUUAUACUGAUGGGGGUCCUGUUACAAAUGCUAUUGAAGUUCCAACUAUUGCAAUUCCUGUCCAUUCUUGUGAAGCUGCACUGUGUUCAUCAACAGCGAACAAAUUUCAUGAUACGGGUUCUACUAGAGAGAACAAUUUGCAGGAGGCUAAAGUGAAUGGUCACAUUUGCUCAUGUCUGGUGCCUUGCCCUGAAGCUAAAGGCCUUGUUGUUGGAGAAGUUGAUACAAACUCUUACAACUCUAGUAGCAGCCUAAUCAGUCCGUGCAGGGAUGGUGAGGGUGGCCUUUCCAGUGUUGAUAUGCAAACAGUUCAGGUCAAGAGUGAAAUCCAAGAUCAACCUGAAAUCGAUAAACUCGAUCAUAUUUCGUUGCAAGAACGGUGUAAAAUGCUGUUUAUGACUCGAGGUUCCGUUUUGGGUGAUUUCUAUGAUUCAAAAUGCUCUCAAAUAAGUGGGCCUCGUGCAUUGAGAUCUAGUCUCCAGCAGGAAGUUUCUUUGGGGGAUUUGGCUCAUCUUGUGAAAGAUGGUCAUACUGCUGAUUCAAAAUUCACAAAAGAACAUGAUUAUGCUGAUAACAUCCAUGACACAAGUGAUGGGCAAAGUAAUGGUUUCAAAAAAGCUAAUAUGCAUGAGGUUAAAACAAAUGACCCCACAUGUUCAUAUCAACUAUCUCUUCCUGAAGUCAGAGCACCUAUUGUAGGACGGGAAAAAGUGGGUGUUAAUGCUGGCAAUGAGCUGCUACCUUUCUCAUCCUUCCCUAUCCAAGUGAAGGUUGAGAAUGAGAACUUGGAGAAUGGCUUAAUUGGACCGUGCAGCAAUGGUUCAGGUAGCUUUCCAAAUGCUGAUAUAGUAGCAGUUAAGGUAAAGAUGGGGAUCAAUGAUGAAUUUCAUGCAGAUGACUUGGACCAUAUUCCACUGCAAGAAAGGAUUAAGAAGCUGGUUGCAAGCAGGGAUUCUAAUUUGGAUUUCUCCCGAGAUUUAAAUUGCUUACAAGACAAUGUGCCCUGUACUCUAGAACAUGACACUGUCGGUCCAGUAGAUGUUAAAACAAGUGGCAUGACUGUUCGUCGAAGAAGGAAAAAAGCGGUCAAGGGUUCCAAGGAUACGGCUUGCUCCCCAUGUCCUCCAGGCUACAAUCCUAUUGUUUCAGUAAAAUCUGAAGCAAGUUGCUUAACUCUUCCACAGAAAAGGAAAAAAAUUGCCAUGGACUUGGUGGAGAAAGUGCAUGUGCCUUAUGUUCCAGAGUGUGAUCCUAUUGAUUCAAGAAAUGCAGAAGCAAGGCACUCCACUCUUCGACGAAAAAGGAAAAAAACUGUCGUGGAUUCAGUGGAGGCGGCGCUAGAGGAAGAUGCCCCUGGACUUCUACAGGUCUUAGUGGAGAGAGGUAUAAAAGUCGAUGAACUUAAGCUUUAUGGAGAGGCAGAAGAUGAGGGUGCGCUAGAUAUUUCUGACAGUGAAGAUGGCUUUGGAGAACUUGAAACUGUGAUUUCUAAGUUAUUUUCCCAACCCUCCCAUCUAUUAAAGUUUGCUCCUUUACGACGUGCAAAGGGAUCAAGAGUCAGUUACUACUGCUUGGCCUGCCUAGUUUCCCUCAUUGAGCAGACCCGAUAUCUACAGUUCAGGAAGUGGCCUGUUGAAUGGGGAUGGUGUAGAGACCUUCAGUCUUUUAUUUUUGUUUUUGAAAGGCAUAACAGAAUAGUACUGGAGCGCCCAGAGUAUGGGUAUGCAACAUAUUUCUUUGAGCUUGUGGGUUCUUUGCCCAUCGACUGGCAGAUUAAGCGUUUGGUGACAACCAUGAGGCUUACCAGCUUUAGCAGGACAACUCUCAUUGAGAACAAAGCCUUGUUGGUGGGAGAAGAUUUAACUGAGGGAGAAGCACGGGUGUUGGAGGAAUAUGGUUGGAUACCAAAUAGUGGGUUAGGAACAAUGCUCAACUACUGUGACCGGGUUGUGCAUGACAGGAAGAAUGAGGGCAACAUCUCAGAUUGGAGGUGCAAAAUUGGGAAGCUGCUAAUGAAUGGCCAUGAUGGUGGUUCCAUUGUGUUGUUCAAUCUCCCUAAGAAGGUUGUAGAAUACAAGGGCAAUCAAAGUCUGCAAAUCAAGUUGGAGCUUGAGGCUGAGAUCGUUUGACUGUAAACAGAAAUGCAUUGUACAGGCUUGGGCCACUGGAUUACUCAUCAGGGGCCACUGACAACAUGAUAUGAUAUGCACGGCCUGAUAGUUUGAUGAAGCAGAAGUUUGAAUGGUAUAGAUUAUGUCUAUGAUUCUUGGUACAUGCUGAAGCAGAUUCAUGUGAAGAUGAUCGAGGGUUCUCAUUAAGGUCUGCGUGUGCGAGAUCUGGGAUGUUCAUCAUAUGGGGUUUGACCAUGAACACACCCCAACCCAAAAGUCAGGUUGUCACAGGCCAGUUCAGCAAAAAAAAUUGAAGCUGUUAAUAAUGGAUGGAUCAAGAUCAGGUGGUUGGUAUCAUUUCCAUGUACGUAGUUCUGGUUGACCAUUGAACAAAAACUAAUUAUGGCUAUUUAGUUGUAAAUUAUUUUAUUGUUGGUUAAUUUCAAGUGUUUACAUCCUCCCAUCAGCUUAGAUCGUGGUAUCCACCGUCUCUUCUGUUAAUUUUUCAUUUACUUGGGUUAUUAAGCAAAGAGGCAUAAUUGCUCA